AUGGUUCAGAUACCCAUUCGUGGCAAGAAAGCCUUUGUAGCCCUUGAAGAACCCAUAUGUGGGCCUUCAACUAAUAAGGAACCCUCACUAGGGACUUGCGAUCUCACUAUGCAAGUCCAACUAAAGUCAGUGGCGUCUGACCGCUCUCUCCAAAUUCAACUGCCACCAGAUACCUCGACCUGCUCUUUCGAAGUUGAACUACCACCAGCAACUUCCAACUUGACUAUCCAUGUCGAACGGGCACCAGCUCGGCGUCUGAAUAAUAGCACUACCCCCAAAAGGCCGUCCCUGCACAGGGCUACAACGAUGUCUGUCACAAAGGGUCAAAAGGCGUCGGUUGUACAGACUCAAACAGCCAGUACAAGUCAGGCAUCUUUUACAGGCCAUGAAGAAGUCAAGCGUAGGAUUAGAAAGGUCAGGUACCUGCGUGACGUAGCAUUCUCACCAGAGACCUGCAAGUCCUCCAUUCGAGUCAGACUGCCGACGCCUGUACAAAGAUGUAAUGAGGAGAUCUACCAAGGACCCGUUCCUAAGUCUGAAGAAGCCAGUAGCAGCCAGAAACUCGAAGCAGAUAUUGGCGAAUCUUUUUGCAGGUCUGUCAUCGAUGCCGCACCCUCACCAAGGGCCUUAGACUUCCCUAUCCGAGUCAAACUGCCACCAACUCAACCUGUGGAUGAUAAUCGGAACUCACAAGAGAUUUCUUCACGGCAGGCUCUCCCCCGCCCCUUCUUGAUUCCCCACGUUGAUUCUAGUGAGUGUUCCGACUCAGCUUACGAAACGGUGGAACCCGCCACAUCAAGUGACGAGUCUGAAUCCUACUCAACAGUUGACACAAGUGAACUCCACUCCUCAAGUGGCUACUACGCCUCUGGCGAGACAUCAGAAUCCAAUGAUGACACCACCAACGAACAGGAGAGUCAGGACUCAGGCCUAAGUUCCUCGGCCGACUCCGAGCACGAAGGAGCUUCGAUAAACUUGGAAGCCCGAUUCGACGAACUGAACGCUCAAAUUACCAGCUACAAAUUGGCGCCCAAGUGUUUGGAGACAGAGGAGAAUCUUGUUCGUGAGAGCGAGAGGCUACUCGCUGAUAUCCAUGCUAGCUGGCUGGAGUUGCACAGGAAUCGCGAUUCGAACUAG